AUGAACCCGAAGAAUGUAUCAGAAGUAACAGUAUGCCAAACAUAUCCAGUUAGAAUUGAAUGUAAUGUAGCAGAUUCAGAAGAUGAUAGAGAGAUGGUUAUAGUUCCAUUAAUAUUAGGAGAAGGAAAUGAUUGGGAUAAAAUAGAUCCCGAAAUGUUUAAAAUUAAAGACGUUAAUAUAUCAAUUAAUCCAUAUUAUCAAAAUAGUAUGGUAGUAAAUCAAAGUAUUGAAGGAUAUGUUUCAGGAGAUUAUCCAGUAUAUGUUCAAGCAUUUUCAGGAAAUACAUAUAAUGAAGGAGAUGCAACAAAAAUGAAUGAAUUAAUCUUUACAGGAACAUAUUUAUCAGCUGGAUCCAAUUCUACAAUUAGAACGAAUUUCAAAAGUAAGAACAUAUACAAAACAGUAAUUAAUAGUGAUGAUAAGACACAAGCAGUAAAUAAAGAAGUAAUUAGUAGAGGAACAGUAAUAGAUGGAUCAUUAUUAAAGAAUCCAAAUGUAGUAUUACAAUUAGGACAUAUAGCAAUGUCUAUUAGAAAAGAAGAUUUCCAACCUAAGUAUAUUUCAGGAAAGAAUGAUAGUACAGGUACUAUGCUUUCAUCAAUAGAGAAGAGAAGAAAGAAGAUUGAAUUACUUCAAGAGAAAGAGAAAGAGAAACAUAUUUGUAAAGGAAAGAUGCAACCUAAACCAGAACCAGAGCCAGAACCAAGUGAAGAUAAUAAAUAUGUUGAUAGUCUAGUAAAUGGAAAGUUAAUUUGUAACUAUCAAGCAUUUAUUAGAGCAGAGAUUACAAUUGAAUAUACAAGAAAGCCAUAUGGGAAUUAA